AACAAAAACGUCCUCGUUUGGGCUGCAGUCUGUAGAUUCUUUAUUAUUGCCCUUAAGUUCUGCUACACGUACCUUCACGUAAACCAAAAAUCUAUUAGUUGACUAAGAGUAAGAAGAGAAAAGAAAAGAUACAAAACCGGUCUCUGUGUUGGUGAUCUAAUACGUCGCCGUUUACCCUCUGCUUUCCGACACACACGCACGCACAGAAGUUUCUCAAGACAGAAUCUCAGUAUUUACAAAAUCCUCAUCGUCACAUUAUUAUAUUCAGACUUCACCAGUCACCACUACCAAAUCUCGAUCUCUUCUCUUUUUCACACACCUAAUACAUUCUACCAAAAUUAAUAUCCAUAACCAUGAACAGCAAUAGUAAUGAUAAUAAUAUUAUUAAUGCAUACCCUUUUGUUCUUCUUCUUCUGUUUCACAUAAUGUUUAUGGUUCACAAAGUUUCAUCCGCAGAAAUGCUCAUUUUGCCACUCAGGACUGAAGAAAUUCCAUCAAACUCAUUCCCUAGAUCUCCAAACAAACUUCCUUUCCGCCAUAACAUAAGCCUCACUGUCUCUCUCACCGUCGGCACUCCACCUCAAAAUGUCUCCAUGGUUAUUGACACUGGCAGUGAACUAAGUUGGCUCUACUGCAACAAAACUACCACCACCACUUCUUACCCGACCACUUUUAACCAGACCCGAUCCAUUUCCUACCGACCCAUUCCUUGUUCUUCUUCAACCUGCACUAACCAAACACGAGAUUUCUCUAUACCCGCUUCUUGUGAUUCUAACAGCCUCUGCCACGCCACUCUUUCUUAUGCUGAUGCUUCUUCUUCUGAAGGAAAUCUCGCCUCCGAUACUUUCCACAUGGGUGCCUCCGAUAUUCCGGGCAUGGUUUUCGGCUGUAUGGAUUCUGUUUUCAGUUCUAAUUCUGAUGAAGAUUCCAAGAACACGGGGUUAAUGGGUAUGAAUAGAGGCUCACUCUCUUUUGUUUCUCAAAUGGGUUUCCCGAAAUUUUCUUAUUGUAUUUCCGGUACCGAUUUCUCGGGCAUGUUGCUUCUCGGUGAAUCCAAUUUUACGUGGGCUGUGCCACUGAAUUACACUCCUCUUGUUCAAAUUUCAACCCCAUUACCGUACUUCGACCGGAUUGCUUAUACAGUUCAACUUGAAGGAAUUAAAGUGUCCGAUAGGUUGCUCCCCAUACCAAAAUCAGUCUUUGAACCGGAUCAUACUGGGGCAGGUCAAACCAUGGUUGAUUCGGGCACCCAGUUCACAUUCUUACUCGGGCCGGCUUACACUGCUUUAAGGAGCGAGUUCUUGAACCAAACAACUGGGUUUCUAAGGGUUUUAGAGGAUCCAGAUUUUGUGUUUCAGGGAGCUAUGGAUUUAUGUUAUCGGGUCCCGAUUAGUCAACGGGUUUUACCACGGUUACCAACUGUAAGUUUGGUGUUUAACGGAGCUGAAAUGACUGUAGCGGAUGAGCGGGUAUUGUAUCGGGUUCCAGGUGAAAUUCGGGGAAAUGAUUCCGUGCAUUGCUUAUCAUUUGGGAACUCGGAUUUGUUAGGCGUGGAAGCGUACGUGAUUGGUCAUCACCAUCAGCAAAACGUGUGGAUGGAAUUUGAUCUUGAGAGAUCAAGGAUUGGAUUGGCACAGGUGCGGUGUGAUUUGGCUGGUAAGAGAUUUGGUCUGGCCCUGUAACGGGCCCACAUGUUUAGGAUCAGAUACCCACGUGGGAGCAUUAGGCAACACGUGUGAUAGAUUUUUGGAGUUUCAGUUGUGAUUGAUUGAUGGGUUGUUAGGUUGUUAUAAUGUAGUUUAAGGGCCAUGGUAAUUAACAUGCUCCUGCAAGUUCGUACUGUCCAUCUCGUGGCCCCCACCAGAUAUGGAAGGCUUACACUGCUUUAUUAGGGAAGCGGUGAUGAAAAUAAUUGAUUGAAAAGUGUUAAAGACAUAUUAGGUAACCGUUCAAAAAGAGAAAAAAACUUACGAGAUAAAAUGGGUAAUUAGAAGAUGAUUUUCCCUUCUAAUGUAUAACAUUGUUUAGUUUGUGAUAAUAUUAGUAAAAUUGAUUUUGUUUUCUAA